AACCACCACUUGCAUUCUUCACAUGGCUUUGACUUUUUUCUUCUUCUUAUAUUUGACUGAGUUUCUUGUUUUAAGGGGAAGUUCUUGGAGAGGGCAGGUUAAUUGGAGUGAUAGUUUUGGGUUUAGGUUUUUGCAGAGGUAUGGAGACGAUGGCCACGACUGCGAAGACGAAGAUGAUGAAGUUGGUUUGGUUGAUUGUAGGUUCAGUUAUGGUGAUUGUGAUAUCACAACGAUUUUGGAUGCCAUCUUUGGAAUUUAGUCAUCUUUGGGGAAGUGUUGGCUUUACAAACAAUAAUCCAAGAAACAACGAUAAAUUCAUCAAUGGCCUUCUUCCUCCAGGCUUCGAUCAAAAAUCCUGCUUAAGCCGAUACCAACUCAACCUCAACAGAAAACCCUCUCCCCACAAACCCUCUUUCCCUCUCCUUUCAAAGCUCCGUCGCUACGAGGCUCUCCACCGUCGUUGUGGCCCCAAUUCCCCAUCGUUCCGUCAAGCCCUUCUUCGUCUCUCCUCACCCACCAACUCCACAACCCCAUCAGAUCAUGACUGCAAAUACAUUGUUAUUCUUACUCGAGACGGUCUCGGCAAUCGGAUCCUCGCCAUUCUCUCUGCCUUCCUUUACGCUCUAAUCUCCAAUCGUGUCAUUCUAAUCCAUCCUCGCAAUACCCUCGAAGAUCUCUUCUGUGAGCCCUUUCUUGAAUCCUCAUGGCUUCUUCCCUCAGAUUUCCCUCUCCAGAACAAAUUUGGGUCAUUCCGUCAGUCCUUCCCAGAGUCUUUUGGGAAUAUUCUGAGGAAUGGGAUGCGGAAGAAAACACUCGAAGAUUCACGGCCUCCACCUUAUUUGUAUCUCCACCUCUCUCAUGAUGCCGAUGAUUACGAUAAGCUCUUUUACUGUGAUCGACAACAAAAUCUUUUGAAGAAGGUUCCAUGGUUGAUUAUGGAGACGAAUAACUACCUGGUUCCGGGAAUUUUUUUGGUUUCUUCUUUUAGACAAGAGCUUAACGAACUCUUUCCGGCGAAGGACACUGUGUUCCACCAUCUUGGACGAUACCUCUUCCACCCGACGAACGAUGUGUGGGGGCUGAUUUUGAGAUCUUACAAGCCAUAUGUUGCCAGAGCGAAUGAAAUGGUGGGGAUUCAGGUCCGAAUUUUUGGAUCGGAGUCCGGGUCGAUUCAGGACCAAAUGAAUCAGAUUCUAGCUUGUACACAGAAGAAGAAAUUACUACCGGAGACCGAACCAUCGUCGCCAGAGAAGACGAAUUUCUCCACUUCUCAGAAAGUGAAAGUUGUGUUGGUGACGUCUCUCAACUCUCAAUACUCUGAAACCUUGAAGGAGAUGUAUUGGGAGCAUCCGACUGUCGACGGGGAGGUGGUGGCGGUGUACCAGCCAAGCCACGAGGGGGUUCAGAGCUCAGAUAACAGGAUACACAAUCGGAAGGCACUGGCGGAAAUGUACCUUCUGAGUUUGAGCGACGUGUUGGUGACGAGCGAUUGGUCGACGUUUGGAUAUGUGGCACAGGGGCUGGCUGGAGUGAAGCCAUGGAUGCUUUACAAGGCAGAGAAAAAGGUAUUUUGGGCGUUACAACAGUGGCUAAAGUACAAAACGAGGAACGAGACGGGUGAGGAUUGGCCGUGCCGGGAAGCGGUGUCGAUGGAGCCGUGUCUCCAAGUGCCGCCGGUGUGCGAUUGCGAUGAGAUGAAAAGAAUGGAUGGAGGGAAUGUUUUGCCUUAUGUGAUACACUGUGAAGAUGCGAGCUGGGGCCUCAAAUUAGGUUGAUGAAAUCAACUUAUUUACAAAAUUAUAGCAUUUUGAGGGUUGUGAAUGUGGGCAUUCUCUUUCUUCGUCUUCAGGGGCAUGAGGUAUUAUGUUCUUUUUCUUCUUAUAUUUAUACAAUAGAUCUUGAUAGAUCAAAACAAGAUUAUAUUAUACGAUCCUUUAAAUUUAAAGUUUUUUCAUGAUGAUUUAAAUUUCACUACAUAAUCGUUUACCACUACACGAUCAGUCGUCUAUCUCAGAUAUACAAAGAUAGACCAUUAUCACUAUUUAUUCUAAAGAUAAGUGAUAGAUUAAAACGAUUGUGUACCAUGAUCUAAACAGACUCACACGCGCGUGCGGUGGAUUAAUUGACUUAGGUAUUUUGGUAUUUUAUGUUA